CCCCCUCUUCCUCCUUCGGUGGGGCCAGUCUGGUAGAGCCGGAGCCUCGAGAAGGCCUGUGGCGGGGACAUUCCAGGGGUCACUGGGCUAUGAGAGAGGAGGUCAUCCUGGAGCAGCAGCAUCUCCUCAGAGCCCAGGCCGCACGCCAACCUGCCCCGAGGCGCUGUGCGGCCCUGGUCUAAUCUCAGCCUCCUGCCCUGAAGUGCUGGCCCUUCCUCAGAAGGCUCCCUCCUGAGAUGAGUCAUCCCAGUGCUCAGGGCUGGGCCAGGAGCAGAUGAGCCCACGCAGGGGACAUCUUGGAGGAGCCGGAGAGGAAGAAGAAGGUGACUCGGUGGCUCAGGCAAUCUGGGCCCCGUCUGACAGACUCUUCCUAAGGUGCAGGGCUGUCCCCACCCUCCCCAAACUGUGGCACCAGCCAGAUUGCCUUUUUACCUGAGCUGUGGUGACAGGGCCCAAAGACCAGGCAGUUUCCAGAAUCUUAGAGUCCAAGAAGAUCAUUUAAGGCUGGGAAGGACCUUUGGAAAUACCCAGUCCAAACACCUCAGUGUACAGACGAACACACUGAGGCCCAGAGAGGUGACCCAGGCCUGGAACCCAGCACACCGGUGCCUGCUGCCCGAGCUGCAGGAGGGGUGGAGGCCACUUCGUCUUCCUCGAGGCGGACUUAGGCUGCACGCAGCCCACACAGCCAGGACUCCGUGCUCCGUUGAGUAGAUGGAAAACGGAAUUCACAGGACCAUGACCUUGGGCCCUCCCAGGAGAAGCCUUCUGAUGCUACUGUUGGCCUCGGGCCUGGCCCGGGGAGACCCCGUGAAGCCUCCUAGGGGCCCACUGGUGACCUGCACAUGUGAGAACCCACACUGCAAGGGGUCCACCUGCCAGGGGGCCUGGUGCACCGUCGUGCUGGUGCGAGAGGAGGGCAGGCACCCCCAGGAGCACCGAGGCUGUGGGAACCUGCACGAAGAACUCUGCUGGGGGCGCCCCACUGAGUUUGUCAGCCACUACUGCUGCUACAGCCCCCUCUGCAACCACAACGUGUCCCUGGAGCUGACAGCCACCCCAACCCCGGAGCAGCCGCAAGAAGUUGGCCAGCUGCCUCUGAUCCUGGGCCCAGUGCUAGCCUUGCUGGUCCUGGUGGUCCUGGGUGCCCUGGGCCUGUGGCAUGUCCGGCGGAAGCAGGAGAAACAGCUGGGCCGGCACAGUGAGGCGGGCGAAUCCAGACUCAUUCCGAAGCCAUCCGAGCAGGGGGACAGCAUGUUGGGGGACCUCCUGAACAGUGACUGCACAACAGGUAGUGGCUCGGGACUCCCCUUUCUGGUGCAGAGGACAGUGGCGCGGCAGGUCGCCCUGGUGGAGUGUGUGGGAAAGGGCCGCUAUGGCGAGGUGUGGCGAGGCCUGUGGCACGGCGAGAGUGUGGCGGUCAAGAUAUUCUCCUCGAGGGAUGAGCAGUCCUGGUUCCGGGAGACCGAGAUCUACAACACGGUGCUGCUCAGACACGACAACAUCCUAGGCUUUAUUGCCUCGGACAUGACUUCCCGCAACUCAAGCACCCAGCUGUGGCUUAUCACGCACUACCACGAGCACGGCUCGCUCUACGACUUCCUGCAGAGGCACACACUGGAGCCCCAGCUGGCCCUAAGGCUGGCCGUGUCGGCUGCCUGCGGCCUGGCGCACCUGCACGUGGAGAUCUUCGGCACUCAGGGCAAACCGGCCAUCGCCCACCGCGACCUCAAGAGCCGCAACGUGCUGGUCAAGAGCAACCUGCAGUGCUGCAUCGCGGACCUGGGCCUGGCUGUGAUGCACUCGCAGGGUAGCGAUUAUCUGGACAUCGGCAACAACCCGAGAGUGGGCACCAAGCGGUACAUGGCCCCCGAGGUGCUAGAUGAGCAGAUCCGCACCGAUUGCUUCGAGUCCUACAAGUGGACGGACAUCUGGGCCUUUGGCCUGGUGCUGUGGGAGAUCACCCGGCGGACCAUUGUCAAUGGCAUUGUGGAGGACUAUAGGCCACCCUUCUAUGACAUGGUGCCCAAUGAUCCCAGCUUUGAGGACAUGAAGAAGGUGGUGUGUGUUGACCAGCAGACCCCCACCAUCCCCAACAGACUGGCUGCAGACCCGGUCCUCUCAGGCCUGGCGCAGAUGAUUCGGGAGUGCUGGUACCCCAACCCCUGCGCCCGCCUCACUGCGCUGCGGGUCAAGAAGACACUACAGAAACUCAGCAGCAGUGUGGAGACGCCCAAAGUGAUGCACUAGCCUGGGGCCUGACACCUGACUCCCUGUGGCCUGCAGUGUGUGUGGUGGGGGCCGACGGGGGAUGGCGGCCUAUCUGAGUGGAGGUAGUGUGUGCGUGCUGGAGAGGAGAGUGCCCCUCUAGGGGCAGCUGUGCCUGCCUAGCUCGGCCCCCAGCCUAUCCAGCCAAAAAUACAGCUGGGCUGAAACUCGAUCUCCCCACUGUCUGGCCUGCUCAGAGCGGCAGGCUCCCUGACGCCUGGCUCUGUCCCCACUGCUGUGCCCUGGGUACACCCCCCACCACCCCAGGACAGGAUACAAAGGAGGACCCAGAGCCAGGAUGGCCAAGCCAGGGAAUCCCAGCCUCUUGGCCCUACAGCCUCGGCCUGCACUUUACCCCCUGCCCUCGGCCAACCCCACUGCCCCACCAGAGCUGCCUCGGGGACAGGGGGCCCCAUCCAGCCUUCAGCAGAUGCCCUGCCCUACUAGGCCUUAGGCUCUGGCCCAAGCCCCAGAUGCCCAGGGCCCAUGGUUUUCUUUCUCUCCAUGGCUUUGUAUCUCCGCUCCGUGAUGCCUGGGCCCCUGCCAGCUCACUGCCAGCUGCCUGAAAGAGUUGGGGCCUGACCCUGGACCUCUCCUCUACCCCCAUUCUAGCUGACUUACUGGGCCUUAAAACCAAGGGGUCCUGCUGCGGGUGUGGCAUGGCCACAGGCCAUAGGCCAUUGGAAGGUCAGAGGGGUAGGGCCCAGAACUUUCAGAAUAACUGAGAGGACAUUGAGGCCAAGCACGGCCAGGGAGGGGGUGCUCAGCCAGGAGCCAGAGAACCAGGUCCUGGCCCUGGAUGCUUGCUAAGUGACAAGAACGAGGCCUUCACUGUCACAGGACCUGUUUCUUCAUCUGCAUAUUGGAAGGGUUGCUCCUGACGUCUUCUGAGGUUUUUUCAGCUCUCGUGUUCUUUGAAAUGUCAGCCUGUCCAGAAUUCAGUUCAUCAGUUCCUUCUACUCUUUACACCCCAGCCCCUGGCAAUUUGGCCCAAGAUGAGGAUUUGAAAAUAACUUUGUCUGAGGCCAGGAGUGUCUGAGACGCCACCUAGUCUAAUUCUACAGCUCCAGUUCCUGCCAGUGGCCAUCCUGGGGCGCGGACAGCCACUGGCCUUUUAGCAGACAGGCCAGCCUUUGCCCCCUCUGUGGCUUUGCCUUGUCUGACCACGGCUGACAGGGGCUGAGGCUGGCUCCCUGCAGGGCCUCCAAAGCUCAGAAGAAAUUUGGCUCCAGCCAAUAAUUCUCUAGCACCCAGGUUGCUGCUCCCCACUGUCCCCUGGUCCAGGCCCACAGCCUUGGCCAGGGCCCAGAGCGUGUGUGCCUAGAAAGAGCCUGGUGGCUGCAGAGAAACACACAGAAAGUUCAGCAUUUGGAAGUCAAGGGUGUGUGUCCAGGCCCUGAGGAGGUUACCCUGGACCCUGGGCGGGUGGAUGGCCUAGGGGGCAGGGGUUUGGAGGCAGGGCCUGAGGGGUUGUGAGGGUGGGGCUCGUGCUAGGGACAAAGGGCAACCCCAAGCUUGGAAAGACCUGAACUCACAGCCCUCAACCCUUGAGGCAGGGUGGAGAAGGACCCUCAGCUCUUCACAGGAGAGGAAGAAAACACAGCCUCCUCUCCUCCUGUUGCAAAUGACCAGGCACAACCUCAGCAGGCCAGCGUCUUGGGCGGUUCCACCAGCGCCCCCAGGGCAGUUUCCCAGGCCUUUCUCCCAGCAUUGUGCAAGGUGGGGGUGGGGGUGGGGAAGCACCAGGAAGUGAAACUGGGUGAAAACAGAAAGCUAGAUGGACCUGCUGGGUUACCAGAUCACCACGGGGCAGCUUGCUUCUGGUGUUCUGGUCCCCGAAACCCACCUAGGAACCAGUCCUUCCCUAAAAGAUUUUUCUCUCCAUUGGCUUUGGGGGCCAAAUGGCUCCUUCUGAGACCCCAUGGCCAGAAACUGGAACUCCCCAAAGCCCAGAAAAUCCCUACGAGGAGAAGGUCUGAGGCAGGAGGUGGAGUGACAGGGGGCAGGUUGAGAGAAGAGGCCAGUGCUAGGAGGACAGCCGGAGGCCAGGGGGGAGAGGGGGCGCUGGUGAGAACUGUCUGUGCAGUGCUUCUGCCUGCGUGCAGAAGGGUGUUCCAGAGUCAAAAUUACAGUCACUUACCUGGAGAUAUUGUUUGUGAGAGCACUUAGCUUGUGCUUAGCACAUAGCAGCUCCUCAAUAAAACCAUGGUGGAAUCCUGA